ACGUUGGGACGCGCGGGAACCAAUGUGGUAAAAAACCAAACUAAAGCAGCUUUUACUUAAUCUGCAACCAAACCAAACUUAACACCCACGAGUUUUUCAUCUUCAUCAACAACAGCAACUCUUUUUUCUCUUCUGGCUUCGUAUUCACAAGGAGGAAUGGCGAAGAGUUACUUCAAGCAAGAGCAUGGUCUUGAGAAGAGGAGGGCAGAGGCUGCUAGGAUCAGGGAGAAGUACCCAGAUAGGAUUCCGGUGAUCGUGGAGAAGGCAGAAAGAAGUGAUAUACCAAACAUAGACAAGAAAAAGUACCUUGUUCCAGCUGACCUGACUGUAGGACAGUUUGUCUAUGUUAUCCGCAAAAGAAUCAAGUUGAGUGCAGAAAAGGCAAUCUUUAUAUUUUUGGAUAAUGUCCUCCCACCCACAGGUGCUAUCAUGUCUGCCAUAUAUGAGGAGAAAAAGGAUGAAGACGGGUUUCUCUAUGUUACCUACAGCGGAGAGAACACUUUUGGGUCUCAGAUUCCACUGUAGACAUCUGUGGUUGCCUCGUUUAUUUCCUGGUUCCACCAAAUUAUCUGUCAUCACUAUUGUCUUCACCCCCUCGUGUCAAUCGCUCUUUGUUCUGCCUAAUUGUAAAGAUAUUUGCAGUCAUGUAUAUAAGCUUGACGAACCCUUUCAUUCCCAAGUCA